AUGGAGUGUGCGGCCUCAAAAGCAGAUUUCUGUUCUUUUAGUUAUUCUCCAAAUGGAGCUCCAAAAGUUGACACAAACAUCAUUUCCGCCAACUUUUCAACUCUUCAAACUGUAAUUGAACCUCUUCAAAGUGAACCCCCGAAGUGUCCAUCGUGUGGUUCAUAUUUUACUGUUAAUUCCUUUAAGGAAGAUGGCAACAUAAUUUGUCCUUUUUGCAAUGCAAUAACUCACAUAUCUUCUCCAAAAGACAGUUAUAUAUCUGAAGAGACUGUAGAGUUGGUUUUGUCUCCUCCCGAACUUCAAAAACUUGAAAAAGUUGAAGAAGAGUCCGAAAAGGUCAUAGACAACAAAACAAUUGUUUUCUGUAUUGAUGUGUCAGGUUCUAUGGGUUCUCAGCCAACCGACAAAAAUGGGAAAACAAUGAACGGUACUUCUGUUUUGGAAGUGAUCAAGUCAGCUAUGAUUCACCAAAUCAAAGCAAUGUUAAACGAAAAUCCACAACAGAAGGUUUGCAUUGUCACAUUUGAUAGUGUUGUCACAAUCCUUGGAGACUGCACUAAAACACCAAUAACUGUGAAUCACCAUUUUAUGAAUGAUUUUGACAGUUUAGUCGACGUUGCAACCGAGAAAAUUGAAUUAACAACACUGGAAACGUCUUCUGAGAAAAUCCUUUCAUCACUCAAAGCACUUAGUCCAGGAAGUUGCACUGCUCUUGGCCCAGCACUUUUAGUCUCGACAGUUGCUGCUGGAAAACAGAAUAAUGGCUCCGUAAUUUUGUGUACUGAUGGUCUUGCAAAUGAAGGACUUGGAAGUUCUGGAAGUCAAAAUGAAAAAUCAUUUUAUCAGCAUGUUAGUGAAGUGGCAAGAAAGAAUGGCGUCAUAAUAAAUGUCAAUACCGUGAAGGGGUGUGAUGCUAAUAUGAAAGUGAUUGGUGAGUGUGCUGUACUCACUGAUGGACAAGUGAUGGUUGUUGACCCAGAAAACAUCACAGAAGCAUUUAAAGGUGCCCUUGACUCCGAGUUGAUCGCAAGGCAAAUUGUGUUGGACAUUUUCCUCCCACAAAGUUUGUACGUCAAGGACGAAUUUUCAAAUGAAAAAGUGAGUAAGAAAAGCGUUGAUGUUGGGAACGCACUUGAUGACACAACUUACCAAUUUAAAUACGCCAAGAGAAAUAGUGAAGACAAAUUGGAGACUUUCACAGUUCAACUUGGGAUUAAAUACACCAAGAAGAAUGGAGGAGUCUAUUACAGAAUCAUCACAAGAAAAAUCGAAGUCGCUAAAGAAGACGAAAAGGUAGAUUUGAACGGAGAAGUGUUGCAGACGUAUUACAUUCAGCAAACUGCUGAACACAAAAGAAGAGGAUCUAUUGAAAGAGCUAAAGAAAAUAUUGGGAUGUUCAGACAGGCACAACAAGUCUCUAAACAGGUAAUGCAAUCAGAAUAUAAUACUUAUGCAGAUGACAUGGAAAAUAGACUCGAGGAAGAUAACGACGAAGCGUGGGCUGUUAAUCAGACCGCUACUAAAUGGAGUAAGAAGAAAGCAAAGAAAUUUAUUGAAAAGUAA